CCGUCGCCGCCUCGGUCGCCCCGUCGUCACCCGCCUUCCCCCCGCGGCCGCACCCCGGGCUCCGGCCGGGUCAGCGGCGGGCACGCCCUCCUCCGCCGACAGGGUUAUCUACAGAGAGAGAUCUUCACAUGGUUCCAUGUAGGUGAGCCCCGGGACACAGUCAGCCGUGUCACUCACCGGUUCCAGCUAUGAUGCUCUAAGUCACUGUAAGCGUGAACACUUGCCGUCUAUGGAUCUGCUCUGACUCUUAGAGCCUGCUUAUGGGGGAAGGUGACACCGUCUGGGCCCCAUCCGUCCUUCCUCACGGCGCCCUCGGCCUCCUAAGCCAUCACCCCCAGCCGCAUUUUGGGAGAAAGAUGGAGUCGAAGGUCUCAGAAGGCGGCCUGAACGUGACCCUGACGAUCCGCCUGCUGAUGCAUGGAAAGGAAGUUGGAAGCAUCAUCGGGAAGAAAGGAGAGACUGUGAAAAAGAUGCGGGAAGAGAGCGGCGCGAGGAUCAACAUCUCUGAGGGAAAUUGCCCCGAGAGAAUCGUGACCAUCACGGGCCCCACAGACGCCAUCUUCAAGGCCUUUGCCAUGAUUGCCUACAAGUUUGAGGAGGACAUCAUUAAUUCUAUGAGCAACAGCCCUGCCACCAGCAAACCACCGGUGACACUGAGGCUGGUGGUCCCUGCCAGCCAGUGUGGGUCCCUCAUUGGCAAAGGCGGCUCCAAGAUCAAGGAGAUCAGAGAGUCCACAGGUGCCCAGGUCCAGGUGGCCGGGGACAUGCUGCCCAACUCCACAGAGCGGGCGGUGACCAUCUCGGGGACCCCCGACGCCAUCAUCCAGUGCGUCAAGCAGAUCUGUGUGGUCAUGCUGGAGUCCCCACCGAAAGGUGCCACCAUCCCCUACCGCCCAAAGCCCGCCUCCACCCCUGUCAUUUUUGCAGGUGGUCAGGCCUACACGAUCCAGGGACAGUACGCCAUCCCCCACCCAGAUCAGUUGACCAAGCUCCACCAGCUGGCCAUGCAGCAAACCCCCUUUCCUCCCCUCGGACAGACCAACCCCGCUUUCCCCGGAGAAAAGCUGCCUUUACACUCCUCCGAAGAAGCUCAAAAUCUGAUGGGCCAGUCGUCAGGUCUGGACGCCAGCCCCCCGGCCAGCACUCACGAGCUCACCAUUCCCAAUGAUCUAAUAGGCUGCAUAAUUGGACGCCAAGGGACCAAAAUCAAUGAAAUUCGACAGAUGUCUGGAGCUCAGAUCAAAAUCGCCAAUGCCACAGAAGGGUCAUCGGAGCGCCAGAUCACCAUCACGGGGACCCCAGCCAACAUCAGCCUCGCCCAGUACCUCAUCAACGCCAGGCUGACGUCUGAGGUCACUGGGAUGGGUGCGCUCUAAUCUGCUGACGGCCUCCACUCCGUGAACCCUGACCUCCACCCGCUCGCACACUCUGUACAGACCGCCCACCCGCCCUUCGUCACAAAUAUAAAUAGAGGUUUUCUUUACUAACGAGAGUUAUCUAUGCCAUAGACAUACACGCACCGACAAGGCGGCUCUAUAUUAGAUCUGUGUCAGCUCCAGGCUCUGUCCCCGACACCUCUCGGAAUUAAUUUAUGCUCGUGUGUUCAUGCAUUGGCAUGCAGUGUUAAUUAUUUCAAAUGCUUCGGGGGCGCUCCCAUCUGUGACAUUUUAGAAGUACCGUCCCUUAGUGUCAGUGUACCUGUUUAAGAAUUGGUUUGACCUUUUGACAGCACCUCCCACAAGCCGUCUGUCCUAGACCGCCUAGAACUGUGGCUGCUUUGAGCGGGUCCGCUCCCACCCAGCGCCCCUGCCGACCCCGCUCCCCGAAGCCUCUGUUCGCUCAAUCCACAUGUCCGCACAGGUCUGCGCGGGGGGCAGGGCGCGCCUGUCCUGGUCCAGGGGGGAGAACAGAGGACAGGGUCCUGGGCCAAGGUGCAGGCGAGGUGGGCGCUGGAGUCCUGAGGUCACCGAGCUGUCGCGUGCGGGGAUGCGACGUGGGCCUGCAGGCAUCUCCAGCGUGGCGGGCCAGGAAGCGCCUCUGCACCACGUUGCAGUUCAAUAAAUGUUGUGCGCUGCCCCUCA